AUGGCGCUGUACACCUAUAAGCCCGAUACUAUAGAUGCCAUCGAGUACUGUGGUUGCGUCACCAUGUUAAAUAACUAUCCAUUGCAAUGCGGCAUAUGCGAUCGAUAUUGCCCUGACGAAAAGGCCAUCUAUUUAGCGCUCAGAGAUAUCGAGCUGAUCCGCGACCUGGGCAGAAAAUGGGCAAAGAAAACUCACUAUCCUACUAGCAUGAUUAAAACAGCCCUCGCGUCAAUCGAUCGCUCCGAUGUCAAGGCACUAGUCGACAAAUAUGGAAUGGAUUCACUCCAGUCUGUAGUGAGAAGACUGUUGAAGGACAGGUCAUUUACCUCCGAAUCUAUUGCGGAACAACGAUUUCCUGGCUUGACUGCUGUUAUCGUUCACGCAGAAGCCAUGAGUACGGAACCUGCUGAAAGCACGUCGGAGAAAACGGACUGGGAAAUCUUAGUGGCAGUAGAAGCGCCAGCAAAGGCCUCUGAAGAAGAGCCAGAAGAAAUCCCAGCCAAGACGGCAGAAGAAGAGCCAGAAGAGAUCCCAGCCAAGACGGCAGAAGAAGAGCCCGAAGAAGCCACAGCCAAAUCCCCAGAAGAAGAGGGCAUAGAAAAUCAGCGAUGGCUAGAAAAAGAACCCUUUCCGACAGAGCCAUAUCCGACGGAAGCAUACGAAGCUCCAGCAGAGACAAAACCUCUGGAAGAAGAAGCAUGCGGGGACCGUAUACAAGAGGAGCAGAAGACAGGCUGCCUACCCAUGGGCAGUCAGCAUAAUUUGCUUGUCCAUCUGCAGGAGGUCCUUGAGACAGCAUGUUUUGCGUAUGGACAGAAAACGCUACCGACGCAACUACGCAAACGCGGCUGGGACUGUGUGGAAGCAGUAGCGCUUCGUACUUGGAUGAAUGAGUUUCCUACUAUGACUAAGGCUUUCGACACAAUAGACAGGAGGGAGUUACUACAAUCAGUAGUCGAUAUCCAAGAUAUAGCUGCUAAUCGGUCGCGAAUCGAUUGGUCAAGGAUGAAGGAGUUCCUAGACAAUGCAUUGGAGCUUACGGAGGUGCUGAACAUCAAAGAAUACAGCGACAUCGUUCAAAAGGUUCGAAUGGAUAUCGGGAAGGCGGUGGAGGGCUUGAAGUGCAAAGAACAAGAAGCAGAAGAUCAGCAGGAGGAGAAGCUGCAGCGGAUUGCGGAGGAACGAAGAAAGCUAGAUAAGUGUGAAGUGGAGGUUCGAAAGUAUAAGAAGAACCGAAUGAAGGAUCGCCAGAAGUGGGUUGAACUGGAAGUCGAGAGAAAGCUGGAGGAGACAAGGGAAACAUUAAAGAGAGCCAGAUUCUUUGUUAAGCUUGUAGACUAG